UCUGAACUGAAAUAAAAAAAAUGGCUCGUGUCAUUUAGCAUUAUUAUUUUACAGUUUAUUUUGAUUUGUUUAUUUCAGAUUAUUUUUUAUUUAUGUUUUUGAAAUAAGUUUGCGUUUUCAUCAAAACUAAUGGCACAAGAUAUCAAAAAAGUAUCACCGGUUAUUCACGGAAAAGUGUCGUCAUCCACUAUGGAAAAAGGAAAAGUUACCUAUUGUACGGACCUUGAAAAAUCUGUUAUAAUGAGCAAUUUCGAGAGACGUGGUUGGACGCAAGUAGGUCCCGAGGACGAGUGGAAUUUUUACUGGUCCUUCACCACAAACUGCCGGAAUAUCUUCAGCAUCGAGAGCGGAUAUAGAAUGAACGAUAAUCAGAUGAUAAAUCACUUCCCGAACCACUAUGAGCUGUCUCGUAAAGAUUUAUUGGUGAAAAACAUCAAGAGAUAUAGGAAGGAACUGGAAAAGGAUGGCAAUCCCUUGGCGGAAAAAGUUGAGGUUUCACUUCCUAACGGUCAAGUAGUGACACGUUAUUUACAUCUGGAUUUUAUUCCAGUGACCUACGUGUUGCCUGCUGACUAUAACAUGUUCGUUGAGGAGUACCGAAAAUCACCACAAAGCACUUGGAUAAUGAAGCCGUGUGGAAAAUCUCAGGGCGCUGGAAUUUUUUUAAUAAACAAACUGUCGAAACUGAAGAAAUGGUCACGCGAAGCAAAAACUCCCCUCCAUCCGCAACUGAGCAGUAAAGAAAGUUACGUGAUAUCGCGUUACAUCGACAACCCGCUUUUGAUAGGAGGCAAAAAAUUUGAUCUGCGCUUGUACAUUCUAGUUACGUCGUUUAGGCCUUUGAAGGCGUAUUUAUUCCAACAUGGCUUUUGUAGAUUCUGUACUGUGAAAUACGAUACGAGUGUAACAGAGUUGGAUAACAUGUAUGUACACUUGACAAACGUAAGCGUACAAAAGCACGGUGGAGACUACAACAGCUUGCACGGAGGCAAAAUGAGUAUACAGAAUUUCCGAUUGUAUUUAGAGGGGACGCGCGGACGUUCGGUGACUGAAAAAUUGUUCGCAGAAAUGCACUGGCUGAUUGUGCAUUCUUUGAAGGCUGUGGCCCCCGUGAUGGCUAACGACAGGCAUUGUUUCGAAUGCUACGGUUACGAUAUAAUAAUUGAUAAUACUCUGAAGCCGUGGUUGGUUGAAGUUAAUGCGUCACCGUCUUUGAUAUCAACAACGCACAGUGAUAGGAUACUAAAAUAUAAAUUAAUAGAUAACAUCGUUUCAGUCGUUGUGCCACCGGAUGGUAUACCUGACGCGAGGUGGAAUAAGAUACCAUCGGCAGAUGCAUUGGGUGAUUUUAAAUUGCUCAUUGAUGAAGAACUAAUGGAAAGAGAAGAUGCGAAUUCGCGUUACAAUAAAUUUCACCGCUUUAGACAAUAAAUAAUUAUGCAAAUCAAAUGAUAUUUUUUAGGAUGUUUAGUUGAAUCGAUUAAUUUCACAUAUUUUGUUUUUACUAUAAACUAAAAGUAAAUUAUAUAAUAAUCAUAUUAACG